AUGAGGUUUACGGUCACCUUUGAGGAUGAGACUUUGCCGAUGGCUCGAGCUGCAGCAAGUUAUACGUAUUGGGACGUACAGGGAAUGCAGAAACCGAUGAAUCAUACAGAUACAGGUCGUAGACGUCUCCGUGCGCCAAGUUUGGACAGCACCACAACGCCCAGCGACGAAGACGACGACGAAUUGAAUUCGACUUUGAUGGACAAUAGCUUUCACGUUCACACAGCGACGUCAGCACUGGAAAGGAUGCAGCUAACAAAUAAUACACGUCAAGAGCUAUUAAAGCAGGUGGAACGUACAUGCGAGCGUAAGGCGGUGCAGUCUGUGACAGGUAGUGAGGCGUAUCAGGCGCUAUGUGAGACGCUGCAACGUGCUCGACAGGAUGCAGAAGCUCAGUUACAACGACUAGAAGCAAAAGAGGAGGGAGAGAAGGAAGAGAUAGAUCUGUUGAGGAAACAAGAGGAAUUGGAGCGAGAGACUACGGCCAAAUUACAACAGAUUUGGUUGAAGGAAAGAUUGGGGAUUGAUAGUAUUGAGAAGGAGCUGUAUGCUUUUCAACGGGCACGGGAGGAGGCACAUCGACGAGAAGAAGAACAGAGGGAGCAAGAGGAGGCAAAGGUCCGGCGAGAUCAAGAAGCUCGCAAAAAAAUAUUGCAGGAUGCCAAGAAGGAUGAAGAGGCACAGAAGGCGCAGCGGAAGGCUGAAAACGAACUUGCAGAAGCACUAGCUAAAGCGAAGGCUCAAGCAGCUGAACGUGCAGCUCUGCGUAGAAAGCAAGAGAUUGAGCGUGAAGAAGUAGAAGCCGCAAAAGUAGCUGCCGAGAAGGAAGUGGCCAGUCAAGCAAAAAAGCAUGUGCAGGAAGGUCGUGAAUGCAUUAAGCGUUUAGAAACACUGCAUUGCCAGACGACGGAGAUCUUAGAUAGUCCUGAUUUAUCAGUGAAGAAAAUCCGGAUGCAGAUCAGGCGCGAGGCUGGAGCGUGUAACCAAAUUGCAGCUGCUCCUUCCGCGAUCAAAAAUGUUGUGAGCAAAAUCCAGCAACUGUUACAGAUGGCAAAGACCUCAGGCGAUGCGUACUUUAAAUUUGCGCUCGACAUGGUCGCCUCGAAUCUCUCCAAACAGGUAGAAAGUCGUGCGGAUUACAAAUCCUGUUACCCAAUUGCACACGUGAUUAAGAUGAGCUGUGUGCAAACUCCGGAGCUUACAGACAUCAUACUGGGUUACUUUCACAAGUCGUGCGUCUUUACUAUUCCUGACAAUCCGGAAAAGCACGCGUCACAGACGAUAGCCGAUUACAAAAUGUCGAUGGGCUUUCAAAAGGCUGUCGGUGAGAGUUCCGAUCCUGAUGGUCUUGAGCACGUAACAGAGUAUACGAGACGCAUGACGAUGAUUGCUGCUGUAUUAGCUGCUGUGCGUCAGACUGCCCCGUGGGAUGGCAGUCCGUGCCCACCAGGUCUUGAUCUUGGAGAUUGCUGGUCUUGGCUAGCUCGGCUGUUAAAUGAACCGCCACACCUCAUGACGGGUGCUUUGAUUCUCACGAUAUUGGAAGUGGCUGGCUUUGAGCUUCUGCGGAAGUACAAAAAGCAAUUUCACAAACUGCUGGAGCUUAUUGCGCGUGAUGUGUGCCCCCGACUAAGCAAAAACGCAAAGACUGGUGCCGCCAAUGCUGCGGGACAACUUGAGAUGUUUAUCAAUCAAUACCACGCCAACCGCUGUAUGCUGAACGAGCCAGACGGCCGAAAGCUCGAGGAGACGAAAAUCUCGGAAGCCGAUGAAGAGAGAAGUGAUUGUAGUGACAAUGGCGGGGGCAACUAUUAUGGUGGUCGUGGUAGCGGCCGUAGUGGUGGUCGUGGCGGUGGUCGUGGUGGUAGUCGUGGUCGUGGUGGUUUUUGGAGACGCUAG